AAAAAUAAGUGUAAAAGAAGAUGAAAGUCUUGUUAGUAAAACACUUGGUUCUUUUUAUGUUCCUCGUUCUCUGUGUCGUUGAAGUUGAACAUGUUGGUAAGCAAGUUUGAAUGAAAAUGAAAAUAAUCAAUCUCUUUGAGGAGCUAAAUUUCGUUCCUUUUUGUAGUAAGAUUGCCUGGAAGAAACCGAGUGAUGCUCCGUCGAAUAAGAGUUGGCCGUGAAAAUUCGAAACCGAAAGUUUGCUUUGGUAUGAAUAACGUGUACAAAGUAACAUGUAUAAAAAAUGUAACAUAAUUAUUAAAUAAUUAUAAGCGGUAUAAUAAUCAUGAUAUAAUAUAUCAUUGAUUAUUAUAUUAUAAUAUAGCAAUACACAAUAAUAUAUAAUAUAAAUAUAUAUAUUUGAUAUUAUAUUAUAUAUAUCGUAUAAAAAUAUAUUGAAAUGAAAAAUUAUAGAAUCCGUUGGCUGCUUCGCGGAUCCACCGUCUCGUUUGACGCUGAAAAGGUUGCCAGAACAUCCCAACGUGAUCCAAACGAGAUUUUUAUUAUACACUCGUUCGAAACGUGAAUUCCCUAAAAAUCUUCGCUACGACGAUGAUUCGAUAUCUAUUCUUCAAUCACAAUUCGACUCGGCAAAGUCUUUAAAAGUUGUGAUACACGGUUACAAAGGAAGCGGUAGUGAUAUCGGCGCGAUUCUUAUGGUCCAGGCUCUUCUAGACUUGGAGGACACGAACGUCUUAGUGCUUGAUUGGACAAGAGGAGCAGCCACGACGUAUACGGCGGCAGUGGCGAACACGGAACUCGUAGGACGACAAUUAGGCCUGGUUCUUUUAGACGCUGUUAAUUUGGGCACUAGUCCUGAAGACAUUCACGUAAUUGGCUUCAGUCUUGGAGCUCACGUGGCUGGCUGUGCUGCCGAAAUUCUGAAAAAGAAGAAUAUUCUUCUAGGUCGUAUAACCGGCCUAGAUCCCGCCUCGCCCUUUUUCAGGAAUCAUUUGUUCAGAGAGAAGUCCAGGAAAUUGGACGCUACCGAUGCUCGGUUAGUAGAUGUGAUUCACACAGACGGGUCCCAGGACUUCGCAGAUGGAUUUGGACUUAUGAAGCCUCUUGGUCACAUCGAUUUCUUUCCGAACGGAGGUAAAGAACAGCCAGGUUGCAACGACGUAAAGAACUCCGUCGUCGUUAGCCAUUUAAAAGGUGUGCGAUUGAAUUGCAUUUGUUUGAAACUUUUUGAACCAGUCAUAGAAAAUAAUGAUCACGUUUCAGAGGAUAUGUUAACGAAAGAAAUCGCUUGCAGCCAUAUAAGGGCUUGGUCAUAUUUUUUGGAAAGCAUACGUAAAACGAAUGAAUCUUGUAAAUUUGUCGCCUGGCCUUGUCCACAAGGAACGACCUCAUACACGAAUGGAAUGUGUUUCCCUAUGGAAUCCACGAUGUGGUCCCAAGAAAUGGGCUACAGAGCUAAUCGCGGUCCUUUAGGAAUUUAUUAUUUACCUACGAGGAAAAAAGAACCAUUUUGUGGUCAACCUCUAAGAGCGUCGGUGACAAUUUCCGAGAGGGCACCAAAGACAUCAGGAAUGUUAUUCUUGCAAAUCGUGGAACGUGAUUCAACGACAAAUUUCAAGUUUCAAUGCAAGAUAUCCGCUCGGAGGAGUAAAUCAACAAUACUUUACGAUAUUGCUGCAGCGGAAUAUCAGCUCUUGUCGAAAGGUCAAUCAACGAUAAAAGCGCGUAUUUGGUAUCAACCAAAUCAAAAUGAGAAAAAUGAUAAUGCGACUGUAAUUUUAACCUCUGAUAUAUUGUUAAUAAACAAAGUCACUCUGGAGGAUAGAAAAGGAAACAAGCUAUUACAUUCCGAUAUUUACAAAAUUUCGAUUUACAACGUAAUCCACAAGUUAGAACUAUCAACAUUUUUAGAUCUUUACAUAAAUCAAGUGAAGUACAAUCGUUAUCAGAUGGGCAAAAAACUCAGAAAAAAGGAUCUACCUUGAAAAAGAGUUUUAUCACAUGGAAAAGUGUACUAAUCACAGGCGUGGGAUGCACAACUCUUUUAAUGUACAUGUAUUAUCUUCAAGAAAAAAAAGAAAAGGAAAUAGAACUUGAAAGGAGGCGACAGUUAGGAAAGGCAGCAAUUGGUGGAAGAUUCGAGCUAGUUGACUGUAAUGGAAAGACAUGGAAAUCAGAGGACUUUUUGGGACAGUGGGUUUUAAUAUAUUUUGGUUUCACGCAUUGUCCUGAUAUAUGUCCAGAUGAACUUGAGAAACUAACACAAAUUGUCAAUAUCCUAGAAACGCAGUAUAAUACAAAAGUUCAGCCUAUAUUUAUUUCUGUGGAUCCAGACAGAGAUACACCAGAGAUUGUAGGUAAAUACAUUAAAGAAUUUUCUGACAAGAUUCUUGGCCUCACUGGAACCAAAGAGCAAGUUGCUAAAGUGUGUAAAGCUUAUAGAGUAUAUUAUAGCAAUGGACCCAAGGAUCAAGAUUCAGACUACAUUGUUGAUCACACGAUAAUCAUAUAUCUUGUUGAUCCGGAUGGUAUGUUUGUAGAUUAUUAUGGUCUAACUCAUAGUGCUGAACAGGUUGUGUAUAGUGUGAAUAUAAAUAAGUUAAAAUAUGACAACUUAAAAAAAGAUAAUUGGAUUCCGUCAUUGUCACUUAAGAAUCCAUUACCAACGUAAAUUAUUUGUAUUGUAUUAUUAUACUUAACUAUAUUAAUUAAUAGUUAAAUCUUAAAUAUUUCCUAUGCAUUUUUUGCACUAAAUGUUAGUAUUUGCUAUAAUUGUAUAAAAUACUAACUGUAAUUGUAUAAAAAAUACAGUUAUAUUAAAAUUAAUAAAUAAAUACUUAUGAUUUGAAUGAGAUGCGGAUAGUCGAUCGAUAUAUUCGCUUCACAUUUAUUCCCUAGAUCUAUUUCCGGUUUACGGAAUUCUUAAGUAUUCGAUCUUUGUUUAUACGCAGAUGUCUUUGUGAUAUAUUUGCGAACUAUACCAUUGAUAUUUGAAAAGUAUUUUUAUUAUUAAUACCUAGAAAAAUCGGCAAGACUCUUAUUUAAAAGAACUUGGGAAAAUUUACCGAAGGAGACAACACUUUUACUGAGGUUAGAAUUUUUCGUAUUUAUAUGUCAUUUCAAUUCUACAGCGUGGAAAAAUUGUCAACAGAGUCUAAACUUUAA